AUGGUCCAGGCGCGACAGUUCAGAGCUGAGCAUGUUGAUGCUCACUACGCUUCUGCGCUAUUUCGUUACGAAAAGGAGUUCAGCAUCAAAUUUAAGGAACAUCUUGUGUUUGCCAGCAUGGACGACAAACAUACCAUCAAAGUUGGUGAACCUAAUUGUCCUGUUGCGGCAGUGGAGCGUGGCAAGCAAGUUCUUGUUGCCAUAGGGACGAAGCUUGUUGUUGCAGAUCACGAUUUCACCAGGAUAAGUAUGACUCCGAGUGUCAAUCUUUUUAUCCAGGUUCCUGAUCACAUUGAUGAAUCAUUCUACACGGGUCAAGUUUGUGUAUCGUUUAAAGAAAACUCAUUCCAACCAUCUUCACCGAUGAGACACAUGGCCGAACUUAAAGGGGAAAUGACCAGCAUGAAGAUCAACAAGCCAAUUCUUUUGGCUUAUACUGAUGGGGGCCCAGACCAUCGACUUACUUACCUCUCAGUUCAGUUGUCACUGAUUUGUCUAUGGCUCGACUUAGAUUUGGACUUCCUCUGUGCUGUCAGAACUCCACCAAAGCAUAGUUGGAAGAAUCCUGUUGAGCGCAUCAUGUCGAUAAUUAAUAUUGGUCUUCAAGGUAUUGGUAUAAUGCGAGAGAAAGCAGUGUCAAACGAAAGCAAGUUGAUUCAAUGUGGUGGGUUGAAGGCUAUCAGAAAAAUGGCAGAAAAGAUCCCUGCGCUAAAGGACGAGGUGCUGGAGUCUGUAAAGCCUUGCACUGAGUUACUGCGGCAUGUUAUGGAGCGGCUCAAGCUGAAGGACCAGACUUUCCAGACGUUUAAUCCUGCAGAUGAUGAAGAGAUAGCUGAAUUAUGGAGGAACAUUCUAAAUGUAUUAGUAAAAUGUUUCUUUGUCAAUAUAUAUACUGUAUAGCCCAUGGCAUUUUAGCGAUUUGAUGCAUUUUUAGGUGCGCAAAAUAUUGAACCAAACUCUCACAUCUAAAUAUCGAUUUAGCCCCUUCCGUAGGCAUCUCUGUUCCUGGCUUUAUUCUCUGGUUCACGUUCACUUUGGAGCUGGUGUUGUGAUAGGGUACCGGUAUCACAUUUUACUUCUCAAUCGACUAAUAUUUUCCAAUUCCCUUAAAGGUUGAUGGCUCCUUAACACCAGAAAUGAAAACGCAGAAGCAUCUGAAGAAUCAAAAGCUGUUACAUGAAUUUAUUGCCAGUCACUGUCGAGUCAGGCACUACAUGUUUUCCAUAUUGAAGUGUACUUCUUCAAAGUGUGGUGUAUGCAAGCCUCUUAGACUUCCACUUGAUGUCUUCAAUCAAAUUUACCACCUGCCAGAUCCUAUGCCUGUUGGUGAUAAAUAUCAACCAUUUGAUGAGCUUUAUGGAAAGGUAAGCUUUGAUUUUCUUACUUAUACAAAUUUAAUAACUGAGUUGAUCUGGACUUAAAUUUGAACAGUAUAUAUUAUACAAAAAGAAUACAUUUAUGCAGUUAAUAAAUAAACAGAAAGAUGUUUUGUUUGUUUAACAGAAGACAACAGAAAACUACAGACCUUCUAUGAAGGAUGCUGCGCCCAAAGGCCAUGGAUGUCCCUUCAAUCCAUCUGCCCAAACGGCCAAAAAUGUUGGUGUGGUUAUUCAAUGUGAGGAGUGUGGUAAGUGGCGAUGCUUGCAUUCCAAAAGAAAGCUACACACAAAAGCAAGACGAGAACUGGAGGUGCUGUUAGAGACAACGCUGUAUAGUUGCGGAGCAAAUCUGUCAAACAUGGAUAUGGGUGACGGCGAUCCACUGGGUGAUGUUUAUGCCCGGAUCAACUUAACAUGUAACACUCUCAUCGAACUGACGUACUACUCGGCAGGAUAUGAAAACAUUUGCAUCCAAUGUGGAUCUACAGAGGAGCUGCAUUUGCUGGAUGAAUACUAUCCGCAGUGUGCAGACUGUGAUGGACAGAAGAAG